CCGACUUGCUGGUGCAGUAUCGGUUGUGAACCUUUCAUGUGUAUGUACGUACAUUGCCGGGCUAACUCCAUCCAUUCAAACAAAGCUUCAUGAACUCCUCGGUGAGAUCGUAGCGGGUGGCAUUGUUCUUUAGGGGUAUACGUACAUGUACCUGCAUUAGUUUGUACAGAGGGUGCCCUGGCUGGAAGGAGCCCUUGAGCGAAGUAGGAGUAUGACUCUUUGACUCCGGAGGCAUUUCAUAGACAUAACCUGUGCAAAGAACCACUUCAUACGUUGUGCACUACUUUGGUUGCCAUCGCUGGAGUUGAAAUGACGAGUUACCUGAGCAUUUGUCAAUCGAUAUUUCCAAGAACUGCCUCGAUGGCCGCGAUCCUAACAACAACAACAGCAACAACAACAUGGCUCUUGUCUUCCGAUUCGAUAAUGCAAUCUCGAUCCCUUUGAGUGAUAUCAAGAUUUGUGGCCACCAGGAAACUAGUUUCUGUGUGAUGGGAAAAUGAUCCCGGCCACCACCGAUCGUUUCGCGACUCUGCCAGUUCGCAAACUCAUUCUAGUGUGUGAAAGUAUUGACGACACUCGUUCGGUCAUGUCCCUAAGCAAUUUAGCGCCCCUGAGCCCCGACUUGUCCCACCAAUGUGGACCACCCUCUUCACUGCGACGACCCAGUUUGGGCCUCUCAAGGUCAGACCCCAAUUUGAAUGCAUUAUUGGAAUUCAACAAAAGCUGGCGGGACAAGAUGAGACUGCCAAGCGACAUCAUCCUCACGCAGUUCAUCAAGGAUAAGGCCUCCAACUUGAGCACUCUGAUAGUGGACUUGCAACGGCAAACCAAAGAUCUGGCUGAGAGCGAUUUUUUGAUCCAAGAGGAAUCACCGGAAGAGCAACAGUUUGCCCAGACCAUUCUCAACAUCAGGGAUUGCGUCGAUGGGAUUCUCAAUUACAUCGAUAUCGUAACUUCCGGGCGUCUGUCUUCCAAGCAAGCGAAGACGGUUCAGACCAUUGGUUCCAAACAUGAUCCGGCUGCCGAUAUUAGUAUUCCAUUCUUGGGAUUGGAUUGGCAUUACAUGGAAAUCCUCUUGGCCAGUCUUCAUAAGCACUUGAAUGAGGUCACAAUUCAGAUCUUGGGUCGCAAUGACCACCAUGCCCCGUUUUUCACUCUCCGGAUGGUUUGCAACGUGGUUCGAGAUCUGAACAAGAUCAAGAAUGACGUCAUGUCUCACGCUGAAGCUGUUCUUGAAGGUCGACUCAACACGAGAAAACGGGAGGAUAUGAGGAUUGCCCAGCACAGACACCGAGACCUCUUGCAACUCCUCACCCUUCGUUCGGGAUCAGAUCGCGAGGAUGACAGCUUGAGGGAGGAUCACAAUGUGAAUGUGGAGGCUGGCCAUUCGCAGAAAAUUGGACCUCGUCUCCGUCAACUCUUGUUGGGGUCCAUGAAAUUCAACAAACUGUUCAACCUAAGGAAUCUGGGACACCAGCCGAGUGACGAUCCCUUGGGGGAAAACACUCAUGUGGACCCGGAGAACGAGGCCGAGAGCACAUGUGAUCAGAAAGAGGAGUCACCACCUUCAAUCCAGUCGACGGAGUUACCUUCGAGGGAGGUCGAUCUCUUAUGGAAUGCCCGUGAUACGCCCACCAAACCCAUGCCAAUCGACCCACCUUCUCUGUCGUCCUUAGAAUGCCAUUGAUUAAAUUUGAGAGCUCCAAAUUCAAUAUUCAAAAUUUGA